AAUGGCAUUUCCGGGAAAAUUCCUCGGCUCGGGGCGGGACUUCCGGCCUCUUCCUAGUGACGGCCAUUUUAAUUGUCCGGGUCUGUUUUGGCUCUCGGCCGCUGGGUUGGGACUAGGGUGACGGGGUGAGAAAAUGCGACAGGAGGCGCUGUCCACGCGGCACAGAGGCGGGUCUGAAGUUCGGGGACGCCGCCCGGGGUGGCCCGCGCGGGCCCGGGAGAGGGUCCGACGUGCCCGCGUCCGGCCUGUCCCCGCCCCGCUCCGUCCACAGAGUCCGAUGGCGGCGCCGGCGCUGAGGGACCGGCCUCAGCCACGCCAUGUGACUUGCAGGAUCUUAAUUCCUUGACCCAGGAUCGCACCUGUGCCCCCUGCAGUGGCAAGGGCACCACUCUUCUUUAUAUUGCACUACUUAGCCUUCAAAUUUCAGAGAGUAUUACAAUGAAGUCUCUUUCACUCUGUUUUUCAUCAUUUUACCCAAGCCAUGGUCAACAGCUUCAAGAGAUGUUUCUGGAGUGGAGAAGAGUAUGUUGAGGCAUCCUUUGAACAGAGUGUUUCUGUGGUAAUGUCACAGGUCAGGACUUCCAAGGAACCUUCAUCUUCCCAGAAGACUCACCCCUGUGAGAUGUGUGGUCCAGUCUUGAGAGACAUUUUCCGUUUGACUGAGCAGCAGGGAACACAACACAACCAGAAACUAUUCAAGUGUAGGGCAUGUGCAAAAGGAUUUUAUUUCAGUGCAGACACUCAGCAGCACCAGGAGCAACACAUGCAAGAAAAACCGUUCAUAAUCGGUGUGGACAGGGCCUCAUUUGUGCAAAGCAGCAAUUUCCAUGUGUCAUGGGAGCUUUUUACCUGCAAGAAAGUUGCAGAGGACUUCCUAGCCACCUCAGGACAUCUGAAUCAACAGACCAUUCACACUGGGGAAAAGCUAAACACAGCCACCCACUGCAUGGAAACUUUACAAAGCAGAAAAAGUCAUUGCUCCAGGGGAGAAUGCAAGAAAGCCUUCAGCCCCAAACACACACUUGUUCAGGCCCAGAGUGUCUACACUGAAAGACAGUGUUUUAUGUGCAGUGAAUGUGGGAAAACAUUCAAGUAUAAAUCCUCAUUUGUUGUGCACCAGAGAGUUCACACUGGUGACAGGCUUUAUGACUGUGGCGAUUGUGGAAAAUCUUUUAAGGGAAGCUCAGCCCUCAUUCAACAUCGAAGAAUUCAUACUGGGGCAAGGCAGUACAAGUGCAGCAAAUGUGAGAAAUCCUUUAGCCAAGAAUUUGUCCUCAUUUAUCCUCAGAGGAGUCACACUGGAGAAAAUUGCCACAUUUGCCAUCAGUGUGCACAAUCUUUUAGCCAUAGCUCCAUCGUUUUUCAACAACAGACAGUUCACACUGGAGAAAUGAGUUAUGAGUGCACUGAAUGUAGGAAGUCCUUUAGACGAAAAUCUGACCUCAUUGAACACUGGAGGGUUCACACAGGAGAAAGACCUUAUGAGUGCAACGAAUGUGGGAAAUCCUUUACUUCUAGCUCCGCCCUCCGUUAUCAUCAGAGAGUUCACACUGGAGAGAAGCCUUAUAAAUGUGGGGAAUGUGGGAAGUCUUUUACCUCUAGCUCUGGCCUACGUUAUCAUCAGAGAAUUCACACAGGAGAAAGGCCAUAUGAGUGUACUGAUUGUGGAAAGUCUUUUACCCAAAUAAAUCACCUCAUUAUACACCGAAGAGUUCACACAGGAGAAAGGCCUUAUGAGUGCAGUGAAUGUGGGAAAUCCUUUAGCCACAAAUCUUACCUGUCUCAACACCAGAGAGUUCACACUGGAGAAAGGCCUUAUGAAUGUAGUGAAUGUGGGAAAUCUUUUACCUCUGGUUCCGCCCUCUGUUAUCAUCAGAGAGUUCACACAGGAGAAAAACCUUAUGAGUGCAGUGAAUGUGGGAAAUCCUUUACCAAUGGACCGAUACUCAUUCGACACCGUAGAGUUCACACAGGAGAAAGGCCUUAUGAGUGCAGUGAAUGUGGGAAAUCCUUUACCCAAAGAAAUCAUCUCAACAUACACCAGAGAGUUCACACAGGAGAAAGACCUUAUGAGUGCAGUGAAUGUGGAAAAUCUUUUACCUCUGGUUCGGCCCUUUGUUAUCAUCAGAAAAUUCACAUUGGAGAAAGGCCUUAUGAGUGCAGCGAAUGUGAGAAAUCUUUUACCUCUAGCUCUGCCCUCCGUUGUCAUCAGAGAGUUCACACAGGAGAAAGGCCUUUUGACUGCAGUGAAUGUGGUAAAUCUUUUAGGGACAGUUCCCAAUUGAAUCAACACCAGAGAGUUCACACUGGAGAAAAGCCUUAUGAAUGUAGUGAUUGUGGGAGAUCCUUUAGCCAGAAUUCAUACCUCUCUAAACACCGGAGAGUUCACACUGGAGAAAGGCCUUAUGAGUGCAGUGAAUGUGAGAAAUCUUUUACUUCUGUCUCUGCCCUUGGCUAUCAUCAGAGAGUUCACACUGGAGAAAGGCCUUAUAAGUGCAGUGACUGUGGGAAAUCUUUUACCAAUAGCUCCAUACUGAUUCGCCAUCGGAGAGUUCACACAGGAGAAAGGCCUCAUGCAUGUAGUGACUGUGGGAAGUCCUUUACCCAAAGAAUUCACCUCAUUAUUCACCGGAGAGUUCACACAGGAGAAAGGCCUUAUGAGUGCAGUGAAUGUGGGAAAUCUUUUACCUCUCGUUCCACCCUUCAUUAUCAUCAGAGAGUUCACACAGGAGAAAAGCCUUAUGACUGCAGUGAAUGUGGGAAAUCUUUUAGCCGAAAAUCUAACCUCUCUCAGCACCAGCGAGUUCACACUGGAGAAAGGCCUUAAAUGUGUAAUUUCCUUGUUCAGUGUAAUGACAUUGGAUGAAACUGAGGCACUAGUUGUCCCAUGCAUCCAAACAUCAG